AUGCUAGUUGAUUGUUAGAUUUGUAAAAAAUGAAUUCAUGUUUCGAUGAAUUUAAUAAGAUAAAUUUCUUAAUAAUUUUUCAUAUAUUUUAGCAGUAUGAGAAAAGAAGACCUACUUAUUCAAUCUUUACAACUUUAAUUUAUAUAAUAAUUAGCUCAAUCUUUGUGAAUUAAUUUUUCAAUCUAUUUCUUCUAAAUUUUAAAAUCCUUUAUUCUUUUAAUAUUAGAUAAAUUAAACUAAUCAAAAAUAUUUUAUUCAAACCUCAUAAAUUGAAAAAAAACUUUGUUAAGUGCACAAAUUAGAAAUAACGGUAGUUGAUUUUAAGCCAUAAACCAGAUUAGAAGACAAAUACUUAUGUACAAGAUGCCUUGCUGAAAAAGUUGAUAAAGAAAAUUUGACAUUACUUCAAGAAACUAUUGAGAUGAUUUAAAGCAUGAAGAAUUAAAGCUAAAAGCUCAAUAAGGAAGAAAAUACUAUCAGACUCACAAAUAUUAAAUCAUUAUAAUCAUCCAUCAAGUCAUCUAAAGAUUAUCUCAAAACUGAGCUUAAUAAAUUACUUCAAUUAAUAGAUUAAUAAAUAGAAUAGAUUUAAACUGAAAUUGAAUUAAAGGAAACUAAGGAAGAGAUAAAAAAUUUUGAUGACGAACUUCUAAUUCUAUCAAAAAAUUAUAAUGGCAAUUAUAGUUUUAAUAUACCAACAUAAUAGAGUCUAAAGGAAAAAGACAUUGUCCUUGUAUAGCUGAUAUAAGAAUCACUAUUAGCUUAAUCAAAAUCACAACAUUUUAAGGAUAUUAUGGAAUCUAUUGAAAAGAUAAAAUUCAAAACACCAAACAACUAAUAGAUGAAUAUAAAUUAAAUACCUACAAAAGAAUUUGAAUAGCAUGUAAAUUCAUGAUGUAAUAUUAGAAAACUCCUUGUCUUAAUUAAAUAUGUAGCAAACAUAACAAGGAAAUAAUCAUGUUAAACCUUAAUUUGAAUGAACCUGAAUUUAGUCGACUGGCAUGUGUGGAAUGCAUUGAAGAUUGUCAUAUUUAAUACAUUAGUUUGAAAGAGGCGAAUAAAAGAUGGAAUGAAUUUUAAGGAUAAUAGACUGAUUUAAUUUCAAAACAUAAUUUCAAAAGAGAAAAAACAUUUAAUGUGGCCAUAAAAGAAAUUAAGUAACUAAAAGACUAUUAUAAUGAUUAAUUAUCAGAAAUACUUAUAUCUAUUAAUGAAUAAUUAAUUCAAAAUACUCAAAAUAUUAAAGAUUUUAUUAAUUUAGAAAAUAAAUAGAUAUUUGAAUUAGAAGAAAAAUAAGUUGAAAAAAUAGUUGAUUUGUUAAGUUAAAAAGAUAAAAAUAAGCAUCUGCUUGAAGAGCAAGAAAACAAGAAAGACUUGAUUAUUUGUUUUAUUAAAGUAUCAAAUAAAAAUUGGAUUGUCUGA